AUGACUUCACAUCCGUUUGUGUCGCCCCAGACGCGCUGGGCCACGGUAUGGGUUUGUGCAAUAAACUGUGCGGUGUCUAUUGUGAGCACUUGCCUCUACUACUCUGAGCUUCACCACUUGCACGAUUUCCCAUUCUUUACUGCCCAACUCAACGCAGCCAUUGGCGCUUUGCUCGCAUGGCUGUGGCUUUCGCUGCUGCCUAAAGAUCCGUCGGCCUUGGAUGUGCCGCUGCGCUCCUGGCUUUGGCUGAGUGCGCUGUUGGCCCUUCAGAAUUCUUUGGAAGUUCUCAGCAUUGCGCGAGUGGGCAAUGAUGAUUUGCCGCCGAUUCUUCAGCAGGCUGUCGUGCCGCUGUCUUUGCUCUUUUCCUGGCUGAAAUUGGGCAGGAGCUACACGAAGGGGAUCGUGUGGACGCUGCAGAUCAUUGCCAUGUUGCUUGCCGUGUGCUCUGUAGCCACCGGGGCAUUGGCCAGGGAUGCCGUGGUGACCUCGCUGGGCUUUCUGAGCCUCGCCUCCGUGGCGCUGGGCGCCGCGGUCGGCACCUGGCUCGAAGCGGAGUACUUGCAGAGGUUCUGGCAACUCUACCGCUCGUCGAAGUACCUGCACAUCCAGUCUGAUCAGCCACAGAAGCUUCCAACAGAUGUUUUUCUCCGCUUCCCUGAGAGCACCAGACUGGAUGAGAGCCGUUCCUUGGGUUACUUAACGAAAGGCAACAUCUACUGCGUGGCUCCCAUUUUCGUGUCUGGCCAGAUCGCUUCGGAGGUGUGGUACUGGGCAGUGGGCAAGAAUUGCUGCGAAAGGCUCCUGGGCAUGGCUUUGGAUACAGCAAUUGCCUGCAGAGACACAGCUUUGGUUGUGGACCGCAGCCACAACAAGCAGCUGUUCUUGCUGAGACACUGGCCGAGCUUUGGUAUGCAGCUGGGCUGCAAGCUUUCGCUUGUCUCACAGGGCCGGCUGCCCGCUGAGGAGAGCACAAAGGUGGCGGUGCUCGCUGGCUUGAUGCACCUCGCGGUGUGCAUGCUGACUGUGCUGACUAUGGCCACUGCAACCGCCUAUGGCAAAGGUGCCUGCUCCGGAGCAUGGGCGUCGGUGCUGCUCUUCGCCGUGCCGGGAAUGCUGUACACUUUCACGGAGUUUCAGGUCAUACAAGCGGCUUCAGCCACCGCUUACUUCUUGCUUGCCGCGUUGCAGCUUCCGCUUCAAGACCUCGCGCUCUCCGCACUGAACAGCUCCUUCGCCAGCUUUCGCCUGUCCAUGCUGCCUGCUGUUCUUGCGGUGACCUGCGGGCUGGGUAUGCUGGUGAGUCUGGUACUCGCAGUACUGUCAGUGAUGUUGGUGAUGUCGUUGAUGCCUGUGAUGUGCUACCGGUGCAGUGAACUCACCAGAUUGACCAGGAUCACCAGUGCAUCUGCAUCAGCAAGAUUGCUCACCAGCAUCACCAUGACCGACAUCGCCAAUCCGAUCCUCUCUGAGAAGCUGCCCCGCUUCGAUCUGCCUGACGCCAGCGAUGCCGAGAAGCAUCGUGAGUGGGCCGAGAAGCUUUGGUACCGAAUGGACCGCGAUCGCAGCGGGACAGUCACAAGAGAGGAGCUCGACUGUGAUGAGUUCCAAGACAUUCUAAAGGCUACCAUUGCUCCGGGGCGUUCCAACACAAACGCUUCGUAUGCCCGGGCAGAGAUCAACGUCUCGCAGGCCCUUGAUUUCUGCAUGCGUAAAGCCGCGCAGAAUACAAGUGGUGAGCUUUCCUUCGAAGAGUUCAGCUCCUUCCUGAGGGUACUUCGCGCAGCUGGCGCAAGCAGCCGCAAGUCAGACCUCGUUUUUGCGCUUUUCGAUCUCGACCAGAGUGGGGAGUUCAUGGAGGUUUACCGCUUCUUCCUAGGGAAGAGACCAACAGCCGACAAGUUCGAAAUCGAGUGGGCGAAGCUCGAUUCGAAGGUGCAGGGCCGGGUUAGUCACAAGCAGUAUGAUCGAUGGCUGCGCGCGAGCAGCAAUCCAGUCUUCAAGUCAUAUGCGCCUGACGAUGAUGAGCCCGAGACUGCUCCCAGGCUCUCGAAGAAGGAUGCUGAUGGGCUGCUGCGGCUGACGCAGCAGAAGAGGAGCGCAUGGCGGCCACUGUGGAACGAGCGCUGGGCUUGCCAAGACCAGUCGCUUUUGAACAAGGCGCUCAUGCCGCGGCAGAAGUACAUGUUCUCACGGGUGCAAUCAGAGUCAGAGCUGCGACGCUUCUACAUGCGGCAUCCACGCUGGGAGUCCCACUACCAGAAACUCGAUGCUCCGGAGAGGCAGCCUGGAAGCUUGCCAGAAUGCUCUUCCGGCAGGAUACGCAAUCCUAUCACCGGCCAGCGCGAGCAUUGGAACCAACACUGGCAGACACCAAAGAGCGUUGACCUGGCCCCCAAGUUCACGCCCGGUUCAUUGCUCUUGCGUUGCCCUGGCAAGCCGCCGGCCCACUUGCUCCAGGGCAAGGAAGAGGAUUGAUCGCCAAGCUGCAAGCGUCAAGUUCCGGAAGGCUAGAUUGUUUUUAGGUUUCACCCGGCAUGUCUCACCUGCAGUAAGGCCUGUGAAACACAGCCUUUUUUCGAGUGUGGCAAGCCCGAAGCGAUGCGGAAUUUGUCAUGGAGAGG